AUCUGAGUUCACUCAGGAACUCCGUCAGGAUGCAGGACCUUAGCAGAUGUCCUCGAAACCUGCUGGUCUGCGAGCGGUCCAGCUUCCAAAACCAGAAGAACCGGGUCAGCGCGCAAGUGGAGCAAAUGCAUUUCAACUACAAGGUGUCUCUGCUGCUGCCUGAUUGUAGCUCCGCCCCCUCCCAUCUGGACAAAGUGUUGAAGUCCUUCAGCAGUUUUUACCUGAUUAAAAAGCUGCCCAUCUACAAGCUGCUGAAUGAAGACUUCCUGCGGAGUGCUGUCUACAACGGCAGCGUGUACGGUUUGUCCUACCAGACUCACAUCGACGAGGAUAACUGCAUCUCCCUGAUGCCCAACGGUAUCUUGACCCUGUCCCUGGACAAGGACUCCUUUGAGCUGCUGGGCUUUGAGGGGAAACCAUCGAAGUUUAACCACAGACGCCGCAGCAGAUUUGUGGUAACUGUGAACCUGACGGACAGCUGCAUGGCUCCUGGAGAGCGCCGUUACCUCAGACUUCUUGAGGGUCUGAAGUCCCGCCUUCCACUACAAACUGACUUCCUGUUGUCGCAUCAUCCAGGGGGCGGGGCUUCUCUGGAUCCCCUUCUGUCUUGCUGUGAUUGGUCAGAGCACCAACCUGAGGUCAGCGUCCGCAGCCUGACCAAUCUGUCCUUCCCUGUCCCUGAGUCAUGUGACCCUCACAGCUUCCUGCAGUGGUUGGGUGCGGUGGAGGCUGGCAUCAGCUGUGAGAACUCAUCCAACAGCUUCCUGUCCACGCUGAUCUGUCCGGAACCAAAAACUCAGACUGACUGCGCUCUGAGCGCGUGCGUGAGCGGCAUGCUGCUGCCGCAGGACAUCCAGCGCCUCAUUGGUCAGCUCAGGUGUCACCUGGAGCAGGUCCGGUCCUGGGCGGUGCUGACUGUUCACGGGUUUGCGGAUAGCCCCAUGUCCUGGGGGGGCAGAGAGCACGGCUUUCUGCGAGGAGGAGAGAACUUUUACAGCCUGCUGAUGUCCCAUGACCACACCUACCAACUUCACCUGGCCGUCGGCGCACACGAUGCCUGCCCGCCAUGAUGCCGCUAACCCAUACGAACCAGCAGAAGUGACUGACCCAUCAGGCUUAGAACUGCACCAGAUCAGAACCAGUUUGCGAUCAGAAGACAAGAACUUCUUGAUUUUAUUUAGUUUGCUUCGGACUGGUGGUUCUGAUUCAACCCUUCAAAUUCCAGUUUUAUUACAUUUACAGUAAUACACCAAGAACAGAAUCAGAACCUCUGUGCUUUUCAAUGAGAGCAAGGGGAAUUAAACCAGGUCAACACACCUUUUGUGGACGGUUGAGCUGCAGCAGAACCACAAAGGCUGAGAGAAUUGACCAAUCAUAGCAGCUCUGGAGUCAUUUGGAAGAUCUGCGUCUGGCGUUCAGGUGGUUUUCAUGACUUUGUUCGCUUUCUAUUCCAACAUUGUGCCUUCAAACUGCUCACAUAUGCAAACCACCAACAAACAGUAAAGUACAUUUUCUGGAGCAGCUAACCCAUAGACUUAAAAAAAAUGGAUAGAAACGCCUCGUUUGUCUAACGAAAGCUCCAAAAUAUGAGAAUUUAAAGAAGUAAAACACGUUUAUUGUUAAAUGUGGACCAGAGUGCUUCAUUUUGAUGUUUGUCAUUUCAUCAGCUAAUAAAGUAUUGCAACAUUUUUUUAUUUACACUUAA